AUGGAAGAAGAAUAUGCGUAUGAAGAAGAAUACAUCGAAGAAACUGUCAUGCUAGAUCCAGCGUUUUUUGAAGAGCACAUGUUAAUUGUGGAAGAGCAUCUUCCGGAUAAACAUGAACAUCUUGGAGUAUCGCCAAAGCAACGACUCUUAUUAUACCCGGAAAUGCGCAAACUUCCAGUUUUUCGAAAACUUCCAACAACUCAAGUUCCAUUGAUUCUUGGUACAAACACAAUUCUUCUGAACACUUUUCCGGAUUUGACUUUCGAUGCGGCGAUGUUUAUCGAUGAUUGUCCGAAUUUUGACAGAGAAAUUGAAGUUUCCAGUGGCAUUGAAGAUGACAAAUCAAUUAUUCCAGUGCUCCGCGAACCAAAAACUCAAUAUUCAACGAGUUUGGCAGAUGCGGUGAGUAGUAACUAGAGUCUAGUUUAGUAAAAACUUCAAUUUUUGAAGGUGAUUUGCGAGGAUUGUCGAAUCUGCUUUCGCUCGAGGACAGCUUAUCUCAAUCAUCAAAACAUGCAUGCUCAAGGAAUCCAAUCCAAGCCUCGCGUUCAAAUUCAAUGUUGCAUCGGCGAAUGUCAAAUCAUCUGCGAUAGUCAGCCGACGCUCAUCGAACAUCUUCGAGUUCAACACGAACAACUGCAAUUGGAGUUCAGCACGAUGAAUUUUGAGAAUCCGCAGCAAUUCAAGGAGUGGAAGGAUGAUUUGGAGGCGAGAACUUGCUCGAUUUUUUUUAGAAAAUGGGUGAAGAAUUUGGCGUCUUGUGUCUCGGCGUGAGUGUUUUUUUUUGGAGAUAAAUUGCAGAAAAUUCCAGAUUUUAGGAGCUGAAACUGGCCUCAAAAAUGAUUUUCAAGAAAAUCUGAUAGAAUAGGGUUGUUCAGAAGGGUCAAAAAUAUAGAAAAUUUUUUCUGAAAUCUGAAUAUUUUCACCGAAAAAGAAUAAUUUUGCAAAAUUAAAUUCAAAAAUUGGAAGAUUCAUUUAAUUUUUCAAAAUUAUUCUUCUUCAGUCAAAAUAUUCAGGUUUUCAGAUUUUUUCUAUAUUUUUGACCCUUCUGAACAACCCUUUGCUAUCAGAUUUGCAUGAAAAUCAUCUUUGAAGCUAGUUUUCAGCUCCGAUUUUUCGAAAUUUGCCACGUGUUUUUCUCGACGGAAAAUUGCAGGAUUCAAGAUGAGCUAUGACGUGGCAAAGCUUGAAAAUUCCAGAUUUUAGAAGCUGAAACUGUUCAGAAUUGUCAAAAGUAUAGAAAAGGUUUCCGAAAACCUGAAUAUUUUCACUGAAGAAAAAUAAUUUUGCAAAUUUCAAAUGCAUUUUCAAUAAUUAUUAGUUUCAGUGAAAAGAUUGGAAAAUUCAUUUGAAAUUGAAAAAAAUAAUGAAUUUUCAGUGAAAAUUUCAGAUUUCACAUCAAAAAUAUUUUCUAUAUUUUUGACCCUCCUUUCAGAAUCAUUUUUGAAGCCAGUUUCAGCUCUUAAAAUCUGUAAUUUUCAAAUUUUGCCACGUCAUAACUCAUAUAGGACCCUGAAUUUUUGCAGAUACUAUUUCUGCCAUCGUUCUGGCAACAUUCCAGCCGCCGAAAAAACUGGAAAACCCAUUCAAAGAUCUCGAUCGAGCAAGAAAAUUGGCACAAGUUGCAGCGCAUAUUUUCACAUGAAACAGACAAAAAAUGGGUGAGAUCUAGCCAGAUUUCUAUGUAGAAUCAAAAAAAAAAAUUUUCCAGAAAAAUCACAAUUCGCGGAUGUCUCGAACACGUUGGCCACGAGAUCGGGCAAAUCGACAAAACCCCCCUGUCGAAAGAGAUUCGCGAAGAGAUUGCUGUUUAUCUUCUCGAAGGUUUGGAUGAAAAUGAGAUUGUUGAAUUGAUGAAGGAUAAUAGUGUGGCUGGUGAUCGUCGACAUUAUAUUCAGACGUAUGAGGUUCGGAAUAUCUAUGCGAAAUUGGAGAGAAAUUAUACACCGAGUGAUGGGAAAAUGAGUUUGGCGGAUUUUCAAGUGAAGAGGGAGGAUGUUGAGGUAAGUUUCGAACUCAAGAUGAGUUAUGACGUGGAAAAUUUCGAAAAAUCGCUUUGAAAAUGAUUUUCAUGCAAAUCUGAUAACAAAAAUAUAGAAAAUAUUUCUGAAUUUUUCACUGAAAAUUGAAAAAUUCAUAAUUUUUUCAAUUUCAAAUGACUUUUCCAAAAUGAUCAUUUUCAAUAUUUUCACUGAAAAUUAAUUAUAAAUUUUUCACUGAAAAUUGAAAAAUUCAUAAUUUUUUUCAAUUUCAAAUGAAGUUUCCAAUAUUUUCACCGAAAAUAAUAAUUAUUGAAAAUUCAUUUGAAAUUUGGAAAAUUAUUUUUCUUCAGUGAAAAUUUCAGGUUUUCGGAAACCUUUUCUAUAUUUUUAACAAUUCUGAACAGUUUCAGCUCCUAAAAUCUGGGAUUUUCAAGCUUUGCCACGUCAUAACUCAUCUUGAAUUCUGCAAAACACUUAUGACGUGGAAAAUUUCGAAAAAUCGCAGCUGAAAACUGGCUUCAAAAAUGAUUUUCAUGCAAAAUCUGAUAGCAAAGGGUUGUUCAGAAUUGUCUGAAAUCUGAAAACCUGAAUAUUUUCACUGAAAAAAAAAAAUUUAAAAUUUGAAGAUUCAUUCAAUUUUGUAAACUUAUUCUUUUUCAGUGAAAAGAUUCAGGUUUUUUGUAUUUCAGAAACCAUUUCCAUAUUUUUGACCUUUCUGAACAACCCUUUGCUAUCAGAUCUGCAUGAAAAUCAUUUUUAAAGCUAGUUUUCAGAUCCUAAAAUUCUGAUUUUUUCGUCAUAGCUCAUCUUUGCCACGUCAUAGCUCAUCUUGAGCUCUGUAAGGGAAACUUUUUUCACCCAACACUUCAAAUUUUGAUGAAAUUUUGUCCAUAAACAGCUUUUUGAGGUCAUAAGAACACCCUGAAAAUUUUAGGACCUCUGAGCCAAGUUCUGGGCUCUCAAAAAUUUUCAAAGUUGGCUCAUAAAACACAUCAUAACUCAACUCUCGGUGAUUUUUAUGAAGCGUGAUCAAUAAAUCAAAAUUUCACAAAAAUUUUUGAUUUUGGAAAAAAAAUUUUGAGCCAGAGCAGACAAUUUUAUGAAUUUUCAGCCGAAAAAUAAAAAAUUUCAAAAUUUUUUUUGGAAAAAUUGUUUUUUAUUGAUGUACUUUAAGUAAAUCGACUAUGCUGAUCAAUAUCUGAAAAUUUUUGAAAAAAAUCUGAAAAAUUUCAAAAAAAGUAGUCGAUUUACUGAAAGUACAUCAAUAAAAAACAUUUUUUUUUUAAUUUUAAAAUUUUUUAUUUUUCGGCUGAAAAUUCAUUGCCCUCCUGCUCAUAAUUUUUUUCCGAAAUCAAAAAUUUUUCUAAAAAUUUGAUUUAUUGAUCACGCUGCAUAAAAAUCACCGAGAAUGGAGUUAUGAGCCAAUUUUUGAACUUUUGAGAGCCCAGAACUUGGCUCAGAGGUCCUAACAUUUUUGGGGUGUUCUUAUGACCCAAAAGUUGUCUAUGGACAAAAUUUCAUCGAGGUUUGAAGUGUGAAAAUUGUCAGUCAAGAUUUUUUUAAAAUUUUUCCAGACUCCACCGCCAUACGCUGCAAUUGAAGAAGUCUCCACAACCAUCGAUUAA